AUAACAUCCUCAUCACCACCUCCUCUGCUCAGAUCAUUCCUGAGCAAGAAACCUCCGUCCUGAGAAGAUCGCCAUCAUGGGGAACUUCGACCACAAUGCCAUCAUCCGUGGCGCCCAGCUCGCCAUUGUGUCCACUGUCCGCGCCUUGCGGAACCCCGAUCUGUUCAAACAUGAGCAUUUCCGACAGGCUGCCUUUGCGGUGGCCGUCGGUGUGGCCACCGAGCUGAUCAUCCAGAUUCCCAUCAUCGCCGUCAAAUUCGUCCUCUGGUUCCUGUCAUUCAUCAUGGACCUGGAGAGUGUGACGUGGGACGACUCCCUGCUGAAGGGGCUCGAUUUCCUCUCCAAGUCCGUCCUGCAGGUCCCCUUCCUGGUCAUGUCGCUGAUGCGAUACAUCACCCCCACCCUUGAUGAUAUCUUCAUGGAAUCGCUGCACUGGGUCGACACCACCUAUGUCGACAAGCACAAGGAGGAUGAUCCGAAGAACCUGCGCGCCAUGUACUACCCGAACCUGUCCAUGUACACUACGCAGGACGGCAAGGUCAAGACGGAGAGGAAGCCCGGCCGUGAGCGCAUCCUCCUGUUCCUGCGCAGAUACGGCCAGAGAGCUGGAAUGCUGCUGGGCGUGUCGCUGUUCUCGUGCGUGCCGGUCGUCGGACGUUUCGCCAUGCCGGCGGCCUCGUUCUAUGCCUUCAAGGGCGUCGUCGGAACUAACCCCGCCGCCGUCAUCUUCGGAGCUGGUCUGAUCUUCCCCAAGAGCUACGUCGUCUCCUUCCUGCACAGUUUCUAUGCGUCCCGCAGCUUGAUGCGCGAAAUGCUCGAGCCGUACUUCAGCCGUGUGCCUUUCACCCCGGACCAGAAGCAGAAGUGGUUCGCCGACCGCGAAGGCGUUCUGUUCGGAUUUGCCUUCGCCUUCACAGUUGUCCUGAAGGCCCCCUUCAUCGGUGUCCUGCUCUAUGGCGUGGCGCAGGCCGCCACCGCGUAUCUCGUCACCAAGAUCACUGACCCCCCGCCGAGCCCGGCUGAGAAGGAGGGUUUCGCUGAGACUCAGGUCACCUGGAAGAACAAGCAUGACUUCCUCCUGCUGCCGCUCGACAAGCUCGACCAGCUCAACAAGGCGCAGGGGGAGAAGCCGGCGACCCCUGAGCUCCCUGGUCGGAAGUUCACUUAGAUUGGUCGAAAGGCUUGUUGCGACGCUAUAAAAAGUAGAUGUAAAGGAGGUGUGAUUGCGUUAGGAAUAUUUCGGGCGCUGGAUGGUACAUCCUGUCAACAAAAUCAGGGCUCAGUACAGUUCCAAUUGAUUCUUGCUUGUAUGUUCAAUGCCUUCUAAAUGUGUUCCUUCUUAUACUCAAGCGAUAGUCCUAGAGAGGAAAGAUAGCUGUGCAUCCUGAACUUGCCUUGAACUGAUAUCUGCAACCCAAAUCCGCCGACCAAGGUCAAGAAACAGUAGCGAAAUUGUCUACUUGAGCGAAAAUAUCAGAAACCCGAGCCCUUUCCAAAGUGAUAUUGUCCACCCACCCCUCAAACAACCCCCUCACCUCCUC